GGGGUGGGGAAGGGGGGACAGGGGUGUUCUGUCCUUCUGGGUGGAGGUAGCUCUUUCCUGAGGAGCGUCAGGAUCCCCCUGGGACUGAGGCAAAAGCAGCCAGCUGGGCUGGGAUGUGCAGCUGAGGCCGGACACAGAGUGGAGCCUCCCCCAGCAUGGCCCCCACCUCACUCUGGAGCUGUUGCCUCUGCUGCUUGCUGGCUGGGGCAGCCUGGUCUGCGAGCUACCCAUCCCGGGGCUACAGCCUCUACACUGGGGCCCGAUCUCUCAGUCCUGGGGGGCCACAGGCUCAGACUGUCCACCGCCCAGCUAGUCGCCACAGGAACUGGUGUGCCUACGUGGUCACUCGGACAGUGAGCUGUGUACUGGAAGACGGGGUGGAGACCAUUGUCAAACCCGACUACCAGGCCUGUGGCUGGGGCCAGCCCCAGUGUCCCCGAACUAUCACGUAUCGAAGCUUCCUCCGCCCUCGAUACAGAGUAGCCUAUAAAACAGUGACCGACAUGGAAUGGCGGUGCUGCCAGGGUUUUGGGGGUGAGGACUGUAGUGAGGGGCCAGCUCCAGCCCUGGGCACUACUACUCCCCAUCCUCGGCCUCAUCUAGCCCGUCCCAAUCUCUCGGGGUCUAGUGCUGGCAGUUACCUGAGCGGACUUGGAGGAGAAGGUCCUGGGGACUCUGAAAAGUUAAAGCAACUAGAAGAGAAAGUACAGAGUAUGUCAAAGGAGCUACAAGGGUUACAGACCACCCUGCAAGGACUGAAUGGGCGCUUGGCUGAGAACAUCCAACAAGCUGUGGAGACAGCAUUUAAUGGAAGACGCCCACCUGCAGAUGCAGCUGCCCAGCCUGGGGUGCAGGAGACCCUCAAUGAGAUCCAGCACCAGCUGCAACUACUGGAUAAUCGCAUCUCCACCCAUGACAGGGAACUGGGUCUGUUCCACAGUGGACGUGGCACUCUGGGUCCUGACCUGAGCAACCCACCUCCAACAGAAAAGCUGCUUCAGGAGAUGGAACAGAGGCUGCAGGAAUCCUGCUCCAGCUGCACAGAUGGCCUGGAUGACUUCCGCAGGCAAUACCAGCAGGACCAGCAACGCCUCCAUGAGUUGGAGAAACUUCUUGGUUCCAUAGAGCAACAACAGAGGGAAGCUAGGGAGGAGCUGCACCAGCGGCUGACAGGGGGCUGGCUGCCUUCUCCCAGCUGCUGUGCUCCCGAGCUAGGCCAGAGGCUGGAGGAUGUGGAGCGUCGGCUGGACGUGGUGGUGGGCUCUGUGCAUGUGCUGAGUGGUCGGAGAGGGGGAGAGCUCGAGGGUGCAGCUGGGCAGGGAGGCCAUCCCCCUGGCUAUACCAGUCUGGCCACUCGCCUCUCAUGGCUGGAAGAUCGGUUCAAUUCUACCCUGGGCCCAUCUGAGAAGGCAGAAGGUGGCCACACUGUCCUGGGAGGCAUGGGCCACUGGCUUCAGGGAGCCAAAGGGCAGCUCACUAGGCUAGAAAGAAGACUAACCAACUUGAGCCAGGAGCUAGACUCUCGGCUCCAUGUGCUAGAGGAGCGGGUAGAAGGGACCGUACAGGCUUGUGGGCAGCUCUGCACUGUUUACCCAGGGACCCAAGAUUCACAAAUCAGUGCCAUCCUCAGUGACUUGGAACGAAGGAUCCUGGACAAUGAGGGCCAACUGAGGCUGGUGGGUUCCAGCUUACACAAGAUGGGGGUGGCUGGAGAGGCUUUGCAGGCAGCUCUGGAUGGACUGGAAGGGGAAAUGGGGCGGAUGAGGGAUCAGCUGGGUAUGCAAGGUGAAGGGCCUGGGGACUUGCUACUUCAGUUGAACCAAACAACUGGGAGGCUAAGCCAGUUGGAGGAGAGGAUGCAGGCUAGAGGAGGGGAUUGCCUAGGCUGCAGUGAACUUCAGGAGGAAUUAAACCGGUUAAGAGAAGGAGUAGAGCACUGUUCCUGCCCUUUGUUGCCCGCAGGAGACCCUGGGAGCAGUACAGGAGUGGGGGGGCCUGGGCGGGGCCCCCUGGAUGGGUUCAGUGUUUUUGGGGGCAGUUCAGGUGCAGCCCUUAGGGCAAUGCAAGGGGAACUCUCAGAGGUCAUCCUCACCUUCAGUUCCCUCAAUGACUCAUUGAGGGAAUUACAGACGGCAGUGGAGGGCCAGGGGGCAGACCUGGCUGACCUGGGGGUCACCAAGGAUAGGAUCAUCUCUGAGAUCAAUCGACUACAACAGGAGGCCACAGAACAUGCAACAGAGAGUGAAGAACGGCUGCGAAUUCUAGAAGAAGGGCAAACUCAAGUAGGACAGUGCCCAAACCUUGAGGGACGACUCACUCGGAUUGAAGGCAUAUGUGAACGACUAGACACAGUAGCUGGAGGAUUGCGGGGGCUUCGAGAAGGGCUUUCAAAUCAUGUGGCUGCCCUCUGGGCUGGCUUACGGGAAACCAACAGCACAAGCCAAAACCAAGCUGCCCUGCUGGAGAAACUGCUGGGUGGUCAAGCUGGCCUUGGCCGAAGGCUGGGAGCCCUCAACAGCUCUCUCCUCCUUUUGGAAGACCAGCUGCAUCAGCUCAGCCAAAGUGACCUCUCUGGGCCAGCAGGGGAGAUUGGGCCACCAGGCCCUGCUGGAAAGCCGGGGCCUCCAGGCCCUGUGGGACCCCCUGGACCUCCUGGCAAAGAGGGCAAAGAAGGACCCAUUGGACCACCAGGUCUCCCAGGUGAACAGGGUUUGGAAGGAGCAGCAGCAGCUCCUACACCUCGAGUGUCUUUCUCAGCCGCGCUGAGUUCACCCCGUACAGAACCAGGCACAAUUCCCUUUGACAAGGUCUUACUCAACGAUGGAGGCUACUAUGACCCAGAGACUGGCAUAUUCACCGCGCCCCAGGCUGGCCGCUAUUUGCUGAGCGCCGUGCUCACCGGGCACCGUCACGAGAAGGUGGAGGCCGUGCUGUCCCGCUCCAACCAGGGCAUAGCCCGCAUAGACUCGGGCGGCUAUGAGCCGGAGGGGCUCGAAAAUAAGCCGGUGGUGGAGAGUCAGCCCAGCUCCGGUGCCUUGGGGGUCUUCAGCCUGAUCCUGCCCCUGCAGGCUGGAGACACGGUCUGCAUCGACCUCGUGAGGGGGCAGCUGGCGCACUCGGAGGAGCCGCUGACGCUCUUCAGCGGGGCCCUGCUCUACGAGGACCUGGGUCAUGAAAACGACUAGCGCGGCCCUGGCGCCCGGCACCCCACAAGGCUUAGCCUCGGCCCCGCCGUCGGGGGGGGGAGGGGAGGCUUGGUCCCCGGCCACCCACACAGUAGAGACAUCUCCCAGACUGGCCGGCACAGCCUCAGGCGCCCGUGACCUUGGACCAUACCCCCUGCCGCUCCGAGAAUCCAGGGCCUCUGCCCUUAGGCAGGGCUAAGCACCCACCCCGCGCGUGGGCCUGGGGCUGGGCACCUCCCCACCCCCGGCUGAGGCGGCCUGAGGUCCGGCCC